AUGCCAUGCGAUCAGCCAGAACAAGACCGCCUGGCCCUUCAGCACCAAGUCUAUCUCCUUGCCCUAAAAGGCAAACUGACUACCACGAGAAUAACUUCGGCCACCAGGCGGAUCCUGGAUCUGGGUACCGGGCCAGGAUAUUGGGCCGUCGCCAUGGCCCAGCAGUAUCCCCACGCUGAAGUAGUGGGCGUCGACAUGGCAGUAUGGGACAUUGAAACAACUGAAGCAGUCGCACCGAAUGCCCGCGUGACGUGGGAGAUUGACGACCUCGAUGUCUGGGGUGUGGAACCCGAACUAGACGACGUGACUCUAAGGCUGGAGCGCUACAACCCAUAUCGCGACCACGCCAACCGCGAGCCGCUCGACUCCCCCGCGAAGCAGAAAACAAAAGCGAGCGACUCACAGACCCAUACGCAACCUCAUACGCCAUCGGACCCGUCUUUCGACCUGUACUCGCUCGAACCUGAAGUGCAGCCAGGCUGGCAUUUCAGCGACACGUUCGACCUCAUACACAUGCGCAGCAUGAAGGGAGUCUUCGCGUACUGGGAAGGCGUCUAUGAUGAGAUAUACAAGAACCUAUCGCCAGGCGGCUGGGUCGAGAUUGCGGACUACGACAUGACGAUGCCCAGUCUAGAAGAAAUGGCCGGCAUCGAAGAGUUUCCAUUCCCGGCCCUCCGCAAACUGUACCUCGGCGUCAUGCAAGCGUCCUUCAAGAGCGGUCGCCCCAUCGGCACAUACUACAUGCACCCAACAUACCUCGAGGAUGCGGGUUUCAAAGAUGUGCAGACGACAUACGUCAACGUGCCGAUAGGGCAGUGGCCCGAGGACGAGGAGCAGAGAAAGAUUGGAAAGCUCUUCCUCGUCUCUGUCAUGGAGAUGUUGGAGGCAAACCUGCUCCGCCUGUUGACGGUGUGGGGCGAUGCGGAAAAGAUAUGGAGCGUGGAGGAGGUCAAGGACGAGAUCGAGAGGGGGAAGAAAGAGAUCCUAGAGUGGAGUCGCGGGCCGGAUCGGCAGGGUAAGACAGAGGGUUGGUGUGCGAGUUUUAAAUGGAUUGUUGGGAGGAAGAGUAAGAACGCUUGA